UUCUUUGGCAUGCUUGCUUGGGCCAGGCUGCUGGAGCAGUGGCAGAUGUAAGUGGGGCUUUUUCCUGGCAUUUGCAGAACAUUCUGUGUGGAUGCAAAGGCACCUCGCCUUCCCAGGGCUUUAUCCACUGGUCCUCCCACAGCGCGGACUACCCACACUUCGGAAAUCCAGACGGAAAUGCCAGAUGGAUAAACAGUGAUCUUCCCGGUCACUGCACGGCUUCAUAUGCACAGCUCAUUGCUGAAGUCUAAUCCCUGUCCCUGGCCAACUUCACAGAUAACACAGUACCAGUACCAACACAAUGCCUAAACAAGUAGAAGUAAGGAUGCAUGAGAGUCACUUGGAGCCUGUAGACUCUCUCCCUCAGCCUAUGAGUAAGGGCAUCUGCCAGAAGAUGUGCAGGAACAUGCUGCUUACGCUUACUAUACUCGGUGUGAUUCUUGGGUCUGUAGCAGGGAUGCUCCUGCGUUAUAUUUCACCCUUGCCACCUGAUGUCAUCAUGGUCAUCGCCUUUCCUGGAGACAUCCUUAUGAGGAUGCUGAAAAUGCUUAUCCUGCCACUUAUCAUUUCUAGCUUAAUUACAGGUCUGGCAGGAUUGGAUGCAAAGUCGAGUGGCCGUCUGGGUACAAGGGCUAUGGUGUACUACAUGUCCACCACUAUCAUUGCAGCUGUACUUGGUGUUAUCUUGGUUUUGAUCAUACAUCCGGGAAACCCAAAGCUAAAAGCCCGGCUUGGGGAAGGAGACAAGAAUGACGAAGUGUCCAGUUUGGAUGCUUUUUUUGACCUGAUUAGGAACCUUUUCCCUGAGAAUCUGGUUCAGGCCUGUUUCCAGCAGAUCCAAACUGUCACAAAGAAAGUGGAGCACGUUCCUGAUUAUGUAGAGGAGGGGAACGUUACCUUGGGCGACUUCCUCCUGAACAGUACCAUGGCCCCACCAGAACCUGUUUAUGUUAUAAAAAAAUCCCUGCAGUUCAAAAGUGGAAUGAAUGUAUUAGGCCUCAUUGGCUUCUUCAUCGCCUUUGGUAUCUGCAUGGGAAAGAUGGGAGAAAAGGCGAGAUUGAUGAUUGACUUCUUCAAUAUUCUGAAUGAAAUUGUCAUGAAAAUUGUCAUUAUGAUCAUGUGGUAUUCCCCUUUGGGUAUCGCGUGUCUAAUUUGUGGGAAGAUCAUUUCUAUCAAGGACCUGGAAGUGGUGGCACGUCAGCUGGGAAUGUACAUGGUCACAGUCAUUGUGGGCCUGAUUAUCCAUGGUGGUAUCUUCCUGCCCCUCAUUUAUUUCACCAUUGUCCGAAAAAACCCUUUCUCCUUCUUCAUGGGCAUCUUCCAGGCUUGGAUCACAGCCCUGGGAACAGCAUCUAGCGCAGGUACACUGCCUGUCACUUUCCGGUGCCUCGAGGACAACCUUGGCAUCGAUAAGAGGGUGACGCGGUUCGUGCUCCCCGUUGGCGCAACCAUCAACAUGGAUGGGACAGCCCUCUAUGAGGCUGUAGCGGCCAUUUUCAUCGCCCAAAUGAAUGGGAUAGUCCUUGAUGGGGGUCAAAUUGUCACUGUCAGUCUGACUGCCACCCUGGCCAGUAUAGGGGCAGCGAGUAUUCCCAGUGCUGGACUUGUGACUAUGCUACUUAUCUUGACUGCUGUGGGCCUCCCUACUCAGGACAUCAGUCUGCUUGUGGCUGUUGAUUGGCUUCUUGAUCGGUUUCGAACGUCAGUCAACGUGGUGGGUGAUUCCUAUGGGGCGGGCAUCGUGUACCACCUCUCCAAAGCAGAGCUGGACACCUUCGACGCCCACCAUGUGCAGUCAGAUGACAUUGAAAUGGUCAAAACCCAAUCCUAUUAUGAUGACAUCAAGAAUCAUCAUGAAAACAGCGCCAACCAGUGCAUUUAUGCUGGUCACAACUCAGUUCGAGUAGAUGAAUGCAAGGUAACCUUGGCCACAAAUGACUGAAUUGAGGAGUACAGAGUGGUUGGGGAGGGACCCUGGCAAUGUGAUUCAUAGCCCCAAGCUUCCACAACUGGUGAAAUAAAACCAUAAGAUCAAUAAUAACUAAAAUUAAAUAGAACUACUUUUUAGGUGGUAGCUAUUAUUUUUCAUGAUAAUAACUAAUCAGCUCUUAGUUUUUAAUUUAACAUAAUUAAUCUGAUCUUAAUGAAUAACAAACUGUCUACCAGAUAAAAUACUAAUGUGGCUGUUACUGUGUAGACUUAGAGUGCUAUAGAUAGCAGCAAAUGCAACCCAAGCAUUCCUGUGUUCUACUCCUGUGAAUUGAAUGUUGAAUAUUUGAAUUGUCCAUGCUUGCAAACACAUGUGUGAUGAAAAUGCCUAGACAUAUGGUGGUGAUAGUUUGGUGCUGCUGUAAUAGCUAUCCCCAUCUGGAGAUGCCUUCUGCUGUGUUUGAGAGCCUUUUCCUCCCAUCAACCUAAAUGUUAAAGAUGUAGUAGCAAAAUGAGAGGGUAGAGAUCAAGCACAGUGAAAUCUCACCAGAGGCCAAUUGAUGUCUUAAUCUUUCUGCAAGUUAAAGUACAGUGUGUCUGAUGACAGAGCAUCCCCAUCAUUAGAUUGCUUUGAGGAAAUUCUUACUUGUUUUCCAAAUUUUACUGUUAGGGUUUGAAUGUUGUUUUUUGUGUUUUUUCAUGCACAAAGACGAGAGCCAUUUGUCAUCUCACAACUCUCAGAACUUUCUGAAAUGUCAUUGCAAUACUUUAGAUAAUCAACCACUGUAUGAUGGAUGACCAGGACAAAAAGACAAGACCUCAUAUUGAAAAAUCUGUAUGACAAGAAAAAUGUAAUAAUUUGUGAGUGGAAUACUGUAGAACUACAAUGUAUAGAACAUAUAUGCACUAUAUAUAGUUUCUCUAAAUAUAGCAUUAUUAAAUUGCACAUUUAAAGGCACUGAAAUUACAAUUUGGGGACUUUCAUUUCACUGUGACCCAUUUUUAAAUUAAAGCUAUUGCUUUAGAGUGUAUCUUAAAUGAAGGACAUAUUUUUCUCUUUUAUUCCUCCACUUUUUAAAUAUUUUGAAGUCUCUUCUAUGACCUGCAGCGUUGAGAAAACUAACCAAUAAAUAAAAUGCAAAGUGGCAAACACACACCAACACACAUACACACAGGUUUGUAAUUAUAUCUUUGCGGGGACUCUCACAUUAUGAUGACCUUAACCCCUACCCACCCCUAACCUUAACCAUAAGUACCCAAACAAAAUACUAUACUUUUAGCAUUUUUAGUUUUUGAUUGCAUUCACAGAUCUCCGUGGGGACCUGAAAAACAGGUUUUUAUUACAUUGUGGGGGACGUUUGGUCCGCAUAAUGUAAUAUAAACAUAAUCCACACACAUACACACACACACACACACACACACACAAAUAAGCAAUACAUUUCCAAUAUUAUGCAAAAACCAAGCACAGAAAGCAUUUCAAAUGCCAUCAGCAGUAAAAAUUAAUAAGUACAAAAAGGUGAAAAGAGUUUUCAUGGGUUGUUUCAUGCUACUCACAAGGAUUAACUCCAACUAUCAUCACACAAAAAGUGAAGACGGAGAGUUGUCAUGCGAACAUCACAAACUGGUAUUUUCCCAUGCAAAUUAUACAUUAUAUUUCCAAAAUGUGGCAUAUUUGAUCAUUCAUCAUACAUUAAGAUUUCGAUCUCUUUCAAUGAGCCAAAAAUGGAAAAUAAAAUGUUCUUUGAGCCCUCCCUUACAUGCUUAUGACCUAUGUCGGCAAUUUUAAUUUUACUGUUGUUAAUUUACUGUUAUUAUUUUGCUUUUAACUGCAGGCUGUGCAGCCAGUGUUCACGACAAUACUGAUAAUAACAAAUGCAAAAAAGGCAAGUUGUCUUUUCCCAUGGUACUCUCCAGAAAGGCUGCCAAUGCAUUAAUGCUGUUUGUUCUGCACUGUUCAAUUGUGUUAAAUUGCUGGAUAUGGAUAAUGUAAAAUAUAUUAACUACAUAAUUAAUUGCAACUACUUGGCAGCUGAUCACAGGACAGAUGAACUGUAUCCCGCCAUUCAUUGAGGCCUUUGUUUUGUAGUUGUACUAUUAUAAUAAUCAGCAGAAAGGAUAGAAUGAUAAUCAGAUAUCUGCAAAGGGAAAUGAGCACUAAACUGAUUAUCUGCAUCAAUGUAUAGUUAUAAGAGCAGGACAUAAAAAUACAUUUUUAUUUCAUGUUUUGAAUGCAUUUCAUUAAAGUGCCUACUUGCACUUUGUGUACAUAUUGUAGUUGAACUGCAUUCUAAUGAUUUGAAAGGGGAAAAGCUGUUGGAUUACAUUUUGUUGUUUUAGAGCAUUAUUUCCUCAGUUCAUAAAAUGAGAUUUCAAAAGAAAUAUAAAAAGUUGCCAUAUCAUUAUAAUUAAUUGGUCACCAGCUGCCUCGUGCUGCUGUUGCAAUCCAUUAUGCGACUUUGUUCUAUACAAUCUUUAUGUCAGAAUGUUCUUUAACUAUGGAAUCAUGUUAUUUGGCUUGUGAAUUAAAUGUAUUCUGAUAUGUGUUGGAUGUAGUAAUUAGUAAUUAAAUAUUACUUGUGAUCUUCAAGGACAGAAGCUUCACACACAAGACAGAUACAAGUGUUUUGCACUAUUAACAUAUACUACCUUUAGGAAAUUUAAUUUGGGUUAGGAUAACAUUUGCAACAUUCGCUUGUCGUGCUUCACUUGUUGUUCAUAGGUUUUAUAGGGUAGCCAUUAAAUUUCAUGACAUCAGGAGUGUAUAAUUCACUCCAACACUGUUCUGGGUGUCAUUCUGAAACUUUACUUUCAAAGCAGUAGGUAUAUCUUUAUGGGUAUGGCAAAGACAACAAAAGCCUGCUUUUUCCUAAUAGAUCAUGAAACUAAUACAAUUAUCUAUCAGCAUGUUUGUAACAUAUUCUGGCUGUUUUUAGGUGUAAUAUCUUUAUAUUUAAAUAUGUUGUUGUACAUUUAUGGGAGCAAGAGUGAGGAAAAUUUAAGAAUGGCUUCUAUGGAUUUUUGUCUUAUUCUGUAAACUAAUAAAUGUAAAUUCAUAACAAA